UGUGUAACUCUUUCAAAUAAAUAAAUAAAAUCUUAAAAAAAGAAAAAAGAAAACACAACUACUUUUUUAAUAAAAUUAUAUUACUGCAUUAGAAGUAAUCAAACAGUAUAAUACUGGCAUUAACAACAGAUCCAUAGACCAACAGAAUGUACGAGAGAAGCCAGCUUGCUGUGAGGAUUGAACAGGAUAACGCACAUUAACUGUAGCAGCGUAAUCCUAAAAGCUCAACACCUGAAAAGUUAGUGCUCAGUGAACUGUAAGUGACGAUUAGGGGAAUAAAAGAAAGCCAACAUUAACCCGCACCCUCCGCCAUGGCUCCCAUGGUGACCCACGGGGGCUAUCUGCACAUGCCCCCCGAGGCAGUCUGGUCUUAGUUGGAAGGGUUUCCCAGCUGCUGAGUGCCGCGGGCGGGCCAGGGCAGCAGCGUCCGAGCCCUCGGUCAGCCUGCCUGGUGGUCCCUGCCCAGCUUUCAUUUCAUCACAAUCUCUGCCCCUGACCUGCUCUGUGGCCCCCUCCCUUGCUGCCGCCUCCUGUGCCUCUCUCAGGACUCCUAGUGUCUCCUCCGCUCAGGUUCUUACCUUCUAGCUGGCUGGUGACUGAGUGCCACCACCGGACCACCUUGACAGCACCUCAAAGCCAAACUGGAUUUCGUGGAGUUCUCCUGGGACUCCAACCCACCCUCAGCUGGCCCCAGGAUUGGCCUUGGAGAGCUCCAGGGGCUACUGGAUGAGCAGGUUGUGUGGGCAGGCUCAGAUGUCGCUGGGCCUCAGGUCUGGCUUCCCCCUGCCCGGGAGAGGUUGCCCUCCCAGCCGGGAGGAGACCCCAAGAACCAUGGCCCAGCUGCCUCAGACACAUCUGGAGAAAUCAAAAUCCCACUCCUUUCGUUAUGUGAUCUGCCUUCUCCUCCUCGCCCUUGUCUUGACCUCCUUGGGCUGUACCUUCCUGGCACCGAGAAGCCAGAAUCUGGAAGACACUCUGGCCAGGGCCAGUCUGGCUGCUAAAGAAAUGAACCACCUGGAAGUCGUGAACGUAUCAAGGUUGGUGUACCCACAGCCAAGCCUGCUACUGUUUUCUAAGGAGGAUGUCCUUGUCCAGACACCUUGGUUAGCUCCAAUUGUGUGGGAAGAGACUUUCAACAUUGAGAUACUGAAUGAGCACUUCUGGCUCCAGAAUGUCACCGUUGGGUUGGCCUCGUUUGCCGUGAAGAAGUACGUGGUCUUCCUGAAGCCGUUCCUGGAGACGGCAGAGGCCCACUUCAUGGUGGGACACAGGGUGAAAUACUACAUCUUUACCGAUCAGCCCGAUAGCGUCCCGCCCAUCCGGCUCGGAGCCGGGAGGCAGAUGGCCAUCCUGGAGGUCCCGACCCCCGCCGGCCGCCGGGAGGUGUCCGGACCCCGCAUGGAAAUACUCAGCCAUUUCUCUUCUCUGCACUUCUUCAAGGAGGUGGAUUACCUGGUGUGCGCACACGUGGACGUGACCUUCCAGGAGCACGUGGGCGUGGAGAUCCUCUCCGCCUUGUUCGGCACCAUCCACCCUGUCUUCUUUGGGCGCCCUCGGGACACCUUUGCCUACGAACGCUGGCCCCAGUCGCAAGCCCACGUUCCGCUCGGCGAGGGGGACUUCUAUUACACAGAGGCUUUAUUUGGGGGUUCAGUGCCGGAAGUUCACAAGCUCGCCACAGCCUGUCACGAGGCCAUGGCGAGGGACAAAGCCCGCCACGUUGAGGCUGUGUGGCAUGAGGAGAGCUACUUGAACAAGUACCUGCUUUACCACAAACCCACCAAGGUCCUCUCCCCUGAGUACAUGUGGGACAAGAGGCUGAUGGACUUGCCGGCCAUCUUCCAGAACGUGAGAUUUCAGGACAAGUGGGUGCUCCAAAGAAUCACCAAGCAACCCAGAACGCGUGACGGAAGCGUCCAGGGAAGCGGGGAGAAGUCCAGUGGACAGGGCACUGUCACCACCAGCAAGGUCAAAGGAAUAAGCACGCUGAAUGUGACGAAGCUGAGCCCUGUGUGAGGACGAAUCUUUGCCACCGACGUCUCCACUCUCGAUCUGAGGUCUACUUCCUGCCUCUCCACACCUGAGGCUGAAAUCCCCCCAAUGGCACCUGUUUCCGCCUUUAGCAGACUGAUUCUAAUAAAAGUAACUGUGACUGAUCUCGGAGUGCCUGGGCCCGUGUGCUGUGGGGGGAGGGAGAGGCCUGGCCGGAGAUCUUGGGGGGUGGAGAGGAGAAGGGAGGUGCGUAGCCGUACAGGGUAAGGGGGCUGCAGUCUGGCAGAACCAGGAGCCACCCAGGCCCCCGGCAGACUGGCUGUUUGAUCACGGGCAAGCUGUUUGAUGGUCCUGAGGCUGCUUCCUCAUCCAUAUUACAUUACAGAAUCGCGGUGUCACUGCAGGGUUCACUAGCCUGGCAGGUUCAACGUGCUGGCCACGCCCACACACAGCUUUUCUCUGGCUUUCGCCUUCACAGGGUUGUAGGGCUUCUGCUCCCCAAAAGACGACUCCAGCAAUGGAGGGACGACUGGAGAUGAUCUUGGUGGGUUCCUCUCAAGCCCCUUGGUCUGCCAGUGGCAUUGGGCCUUUUCUGGCCCUCCUC